AUGAACCGAUCUUUAAUCAAGCGAGAUAGAUCUGAGUAGCAAUGCUAGGAUUAAUAGACGAGAGACGAUGCCACGGAGUAAAGGCCGUUCUUUUUAGGAAAUCUCCAGGUGCAUGAUGAGGAGACUAAGUAGAUCUCACGUGAUCUUUCUGAUUAAGACUGUAAAGAGAGGGCUAACUCAAUAAUUGAGAAACAAUGCGAUAACAUUCUCUAAAACUGUCACAAAUCAUCAACUUCUACUUCCCCUCAUGAUAGCUUUAGUGAAAUGAACAAACCAGAGGUCAAAGAAGUCAUUAUAUUAGCAAAAGUCGAUUAAUAUUGCUCCAGUAUAAUAAAGCCACAGUUUUCAACUUUAGACAAGCAACGGUAUUAAUAAGAUAAUGAAAAGAAAGCUAGAUUUGACUUUAGAUUCUGUGAAAGAGAAAGCAACUUCCAAGCUAUAAAUUUCAAAUUUAAAGGGCCUAACAAGCAUGUUUCUUCCUAAGAUUAUCAAGACAGAGGAACCAUAAUUUAAUAAAAGUAGGAUACUUUCUAAAAAAUGCAGGUUAUUAAUCAACAAACUUAUGUCUAACAAAGUACGAUACAUGAAUAAAAAUUAGAUUUUCAAAAAUUAGCACUAAACUGCUGUAUGAGAUAAAAUAAACCAUUUCAAAAUUCAUCUCAGCCUAAUCGACUCAAGAUGACCGAGUGCUUUUAAGUAUAUCAAAGAUCCAUCAAUAUUUACAAUGGAAAAUUCAGUAGAUCAGCUAACUAUUAUUACGGAACAUCUAAACAUGAUGGGUUUAAUGACAUCUUCUUGUAUGACUUAUCAAAAAGUGAUAUAUCGUAAUCAUUAAGAGUGAAUAAGCCUUUAAUUCGUAAAAAUGUGUUUGAUGCUCAUGUUUGCAUACCUGAUAUCUAAAUUGCACCUAAAUCUGAGAGUUUUCUGAUCUAUCCAACCUUCUCAGGAAUGCUCAAGAUGAUAGACUUGCAUAAAGUGAAAGAAAAUUACAAAAACUAUGGAGAAGAUUAGAAUAUUGAGGAGACAAGACUGCUAUUUGUAGAUCAAACUGAGGAGUAAGACCCUCAAACAUCGAAUCUAUCAUCUUGCGCAUUAAUGAUGAAGAAAGCCAUAUUUUCUUUGUGCAUUUCAGAAAGCAACGAAAAAGAAAUAUGGUUUGCAAAGAAACUGGGAAAGCUUUUCUUGUAUGAUUUGGAAUAUCAAAAAGUGCUAGUCCAAAAUAAUGAAGCUAACAGCAUAGAUGAAACUAAAUUCGAUAUCAACUCGAUUUGCUGUACAUUCGAUUACAAUAUAAUUGCAACGGCUGGUGAUGCUGGCUAUGUAAGACUAUGGGAUAGAAGAAUAUUUGAUUACAAUAGUAAACCUAUUGGUUGCUUCGUAGGUCAUACAGGAGGAAUAGUUUGUCUUGACUUCAAAUAAAAUGAGCCUCAAAUCUGCUCGAGUUCCAAAGAUUGGACAAUAAAACUCUGGGAUCUUCGUAAGUUUAACGCUGCGAGUGAAAUCAAGCAGAGGAAGAUGAAAAACAUGUCAUGCAGGAGUGGCUACUCUACUAUUCAACCUUAAGUCAAAUAGGAGUAUUGCGAAAAUGACUAUUCCCUAAUGACAUUCAAAGGUCAUCAUUAAACAUUUCCAACACUAAUUAGAUGCAAAUUUUCUCCAUUAUAUACUAAUCAACGUUAUGUUUAUACCGGCUCUAAUGAUGGAUCCUGCGCAAUAUAUGAUACAAAGACUAAUCACUGCGUUUAGAGAUUGAAGUUAAAUCCACUAGACAAGCCUCAAGGAACGAGAUACUGCAGAGAAGUUUCAUGGCAUCCUUAGCAAGCUAUGAUUCUGUCUAACACUUUCAAUGGCCAAAUAAAUAUAUUUGAACAUCGAACAAGUUCUCCUCCUCUGAAGAGGAAAAAGAAUUCAAGUGAUUAACUCAAACUUGAUUCAAUACCUGAGUGA